AUGAGCGGCGAGAAACCACCGCCGCCGCCGCCGCUGACCGCCGUCGAGGACGACGACGCCACCUCGCUCGAUCGGCGCGUCAGAGAUCUCGCGAGCAAGCUCGAGGACGGCGCGUACCUGCGCGCGAACGCUCCCGCGCCGGGCGCGAAGAGCAUCUACGACGACUUCGAGGCCGCGCUGAAGGCGGCGCCGCGGCUGAGCCCGGACGACGACGCCGCGGGCGUCGCGAUCAACGCGGGCGCGAUCGCGGCGGGGCAGACGAAGGCGACGAGCGCGGGAGUCGUGGACCUCGCUGACCUCUCCGCGUUCGCCAACGCCGACGGCGUCGGCGAAGAAGUCGUCGCGCUGCAAGACGCGAGCGACGAUUUGUUCCAGCGCAUGUUGCGCGAUAAGCCGUCCGUCCCCGCGAAAGGGAGCGACGUGCUGGAGCACGUCGCGAAGCAGAUGGGGUUCGACGGCGUCGCCGCGGACGGCGUCACGGAGGGCGGGACGCGCGGCGGCGGCGGCGGGGCGGGGGGGGCGGGAGGGAAGGACGACGAGGAGCUGAAGGGGAUGAUGGCGACGCUGUUGGCGCAGCUCAGGGAGGAGCGGAGACAGGGGUAG